AUGUCCACCAAGGCUGCACUCAAAACCGCAAAGUCGGCAAUCGACUCUAAAAACUGGGAUGAAGCCAUCGAGCAAGCGAACACGGUGCUCGCGAAGGACUCAGAAAACUACUUCGCGAAACUGUUCAUAGGACGCGCGUUGGAAGGGCUUGGGAGAAUGGACUCAGCAGCACAAGCGUAUAACGACGCGACGAAGGUCAAGCCACAAGAUCCGCAGGCCUGGCUGGGACUGAGAGGCUUGUAUCUGAGACAAGGAAACGCAAAAGUGGACGAACGCAUAGACGUCGAAGUGCAGUUGGCGCAGAUAUAUGCAGAGCUUGACGAUGCACAUAAAGCUCAAACCGCCAUCGAUGGCCUCGUCGACCACGCCAGAAGACACGGCACAAAGCUACAAUACGCCCGCGCUCUCGCUACACAACUACCCACCUCUCCAAUUUACUCCUAUCUCGAAGGCCGCCUACCAAAGCCCGCCGCCGUCUACACGCGCCUUGCCGAGAUCCACGAAGCCGAAGAGGCAUCCAUCAUCAAGCGUCAGAUCGAUGAGCGCAGGUCGAGGCUCGGCGCGACACUUGAGGGCACGACGAUAGAGGUCAAGAAUGAAGUGUAUGGAGCAAGUCCACUAGAGGAUAUAUACCAGAGCGUUGUAGAUUGGACGAGCGACGAUGAGGUAAGGAGGGAGUAUGAGGAGAAGCUACUGCAGAGGGCGUACGAUACGCUGCUUGUGCUAUCGGCUGGGAAAAAGGAAGCGAAGAGGGAGAAGGUGAUGAAGUUGGCGCAAGAUAUGGUUAUAAUCAAGCAUCCGUACCUGCUUGCCUGGCAGAUAGAACUUGAGUGGAGGUCGGGGCUUGCGGUGGAGGCGCAUUGA